AGAGAACGGCGUACGUAUGAUAUCAUACACCCAUGUAACUAAGACAUCAUUGGUCCCCCCCGGGCACCGCGCAGUCGAGCGACGCACCUUGCUCUCAGCUGACGUAGUACUUUCACUGCUUUGUUUACAAGUACACUUACGAUAAUUUGCUGUCUGAAUACUGGAUUUAGUGUAUCUGUGCUAUGAAAUUUUUAUAAAAUUGAUAAUUAUAAAGAAAGUUCCAGUCAUGGCUGAAUUAGAAUCGGGGCAGGGUAUUCGUGUAGUGACGCCAUCCGACCAUACGUUCACCUUGGAUGAGGAAGCGCUAAGUAAACUCCUGCUGCGAGAUGAUAUAAAGGACAGAAGCGUUGUUGUUGUGUCCGUCGCAGGCGCCUUUCGAAAGGGCAAGUCGUUUUUACUGGACUUCUUUCUACGAUAUCUACAUCAUAAGUACCAGGUUAAAGACAGUGGCGAUUGGUUGGGAGGUGAAGAUGCGCCACUGAAGGGAUUCAGUUGGCGAGGUGGUUCAGAGAGGGACACCACGGGUCUUCUGCUAUGGUCUCAGCCUUUUUUAACGACUCUCGAUAAUGGAGAAAAGGUGGCAAUAUUACUAAUGGACACACAAGGCACCUUCGACAGUGAAUCGACAGUAAAAGACAAUGCCACUGUAUUUGCUUUAUCCACUAUGCUGUCCUCAGUACAGAUAUACAACCUUUCACAAAAUAUUGAAGAGGAUGACUUGCAGCACUUGCAGUUGUUUACAGACUACGGUCGUCUAGCUCAGCAGAGUGCCAGCGGUAAGCCUUUCCAGCGGUUGCAGUUAUUGGUACGAGAUUGGAGCUUUCCAUACGAAUAUCCUUACGGAGCAGACGGAGGAGCUAGUCUGUUGGAUAAAAGACUUGAGAUUCACGAAGGCCAACACCUGGAGUUGCAGUCCAUCAGACGUCACAUCGCAGCAUGUUUUGAAGAGUUGGCCUGCUUCCUGAUGCCCCACCCUGGCCUGAACGUUGCUACUAAUCCCAAUUUUGAUGGAAAAGUUUCCGACAUAAGUCCCGAAUUCCAAACGUCUCUGCGUCAACUGGUGCCGAUGCUUCUGGCGCCGGAAAAUCUAGUGCUGAAAAGGAUAGCCGAACAGAAGCUCAAGGCCAAAGACCUGUUCCUCUACUUCAAGGCAUAUAUGACUAUAUUCAAUGGAACUGAACUGCCGGAACCGAAAAGUAUUUUGGCGGCGACAGCUGAAGCGAACAAUCUAUCGGCGGUAUCCGAAGCUCGCGAUGUAUACGAAUAUCUAAUGGAAGAGGAAGUGGGUGGGAGUAAGCCUUUCUUGGACCCUGGGAAGCUUCAACAGCAGCAUCAGAGAGCGAAGGAUAAGGCCCUUCACGCCUUUCAUAAUAAAAGGAAGAUGGGAGGAGACGAAUUGGAGGCCAGUUAUCAGGAGAAAUUAGUUAAGGAAAUCGAGGAGCAAUAUGAGCAAUACCGCGCCAACAACGAAGCCAAGAACAUAUUCCGUAUCGCGGGUACUCCUACAGUGUUGGUUGUGUUGGCACUCCUGGGAUUCCUCCUCAGCUCCCUGGCUGCCAAUCUCGGGGUGCAAACCCUGGUCGCUGUUGGAGAGAGUAUAGCAGUUGGUUCUUUGGUUGCUCUUGUCGUUUGGAUGUACACUAGAAUAAGCGGAAACUUGCGGGACAUCGGACUACAAAUAGAUGGCGUGGCGGACAAGAUACGGAACUAUAUUACAAGACAAGCCAUCGGUACCGCGACGAGACAACUCACGACGGUGGAAAAUUACAAGAACGAUUAAAAGCUGCCAUUUUUUUGAUUAUAUGUAUGAUAAAAACAAUUUAUACAAGAGAUCGAUAUUUUUAUAUCGUAAUAAAUAAUUUUCUGAAUAUGUUUAAGCCGUCUUCCAAACUAACGUUGUUUAAAAGAAAGUAUAAGUUAUAGUUUUAAUAAAAUGAUUAGAUAUAAGUGGUCUGAUAAUAUAUUUUUUACAUUUU